UCUGGGUGGUGUUUGCUGUGCAGAUGGUGCUGAUUCCGGGAGGGGUGUUCACCAUGGGCACCCACGAGCCUGAAAUCCAGCAGGAUGGAGAGGGGCCUGCCAGGAGAGUGCACAUUGACAGCUUCUACAUGGACCAGUACGAGGUCAGCAACCAGGACUUCGAGAGAUUUGUGAAUUCCACGGGCUACAUCACUGAGGCAGAGAAAUUUGGUGACUCCUUUGUGUUUGAGGGGAUGCUGAGUGAAGCAGUGAAGGCUGACAUCCACCAGGCAGUGGCAGCUGCUCCCUGGUGGCUGCCUGUGAAAGGAGCCAGCUGGAAGCACCCUGAGGGCCCUGACUCCAGCAUCUCCAGCAGAAUGGACCAUCCAGUCCUUCAUGUGUCCUGGAAUGAUGCCAUGGCCUUCUGCAGCUGGGCAGGGAAGCGCUUACCGACGGAGGCUGAGUGGGAAUACAGCUGUCGAGGGGGCCUUGAGAACAGGCUUUUCCCCUGGGGCAACAAAUUGCAGCCCAAAGGGCAACACUAUGCCAAUAUCUGGCAGGGAGAAUUCCCCACCAAUAACACAGCAGAGGAUGGCUACAAGGGGACUGCACCUGUCUCUGCCUUUCCCCCCAACGCUUACGGCCUCUACAACAUGGUGGGGAACGCCUGGGAGUGGACAUCGGACUGGUGGGCUGUGCACCACUCCCCACAGGAGCUCCACAACCCUAUAACCUUUGAUGCUCAAUUUUUGCCUGGUGGAAGAGAUUUACAGUUAAUAAAAAGAUGUACUUAUGAGCCUUUGGUUCACCCACUGCUCAGUACAGGUCAGCCCUUUAUCACUGCUGACACAUGAUAGAUUUAGGGCUUUCUAACCCCAACCAAAAAAGUUCCUCUUAGUUUAUAAAAGUGUCUUUGGAGCCAGUAACACAGAUUGCUGCUCAGCACUGCACAUUUAGGGGAAAUCCUGCUCCACAGCCCCAUUGUUCUGCUUUGUCUUGUUCCCGUGGAACUUUUUUUAGGUCAGUUUUCUCCUGGCUUCCCUUAAAAUGAGAUUACCAGGCUGGGUGAUGACUGUGCUGGUUAGAGGCUUAUCUCAGAGCAGGGGCUGUGCAUCCACCUGCAGGUGUUGUGAGGACAAUUUCCAGAGGUCUGGGAGUGGGAGCAGGGCUGUGGAAGGAGCGGAUGCUGCCCCAGGGUGUGGCUUUCCUUCAGUAGUUGUGUGCCAUUAAAGGCAGUGAUAGGCCAAAUUCUUUUUCACAAUUUGGGCAAUAAACAUGGAGCUGCUGCAGUUGGUGUGGUGAGCUUUCCACACAAAGCAGUCAAACUCUCAGGGGGUGCAGGCAGGAGCUUCUGGAGUACCAACAUCAACACUCAAGGUUUUCUGACAGCCCCUGGGAUUUAUGUCCAGUUACAAACCUCUUCUGGGGUAGAUUCUUCUAGAACAUCACCCUGGUAAUUCAGACCUGGGUGGGAGGCAACCACUUGAGACAGGGUAGGAGAGUGGGAUCUGUGCCAGGUGUGACCAGACUGGUCACUGAGGAAAGCUGGAGCUGCUUUCCAUCCUGGUAAAAUCCCCUUUAGGAACCUGCCUGUUGCCAGGCACCAUCAGUGGGCAGCAACUGGAAUGUGAAAUAUUUGCAGCAGUGGGGAGGGAGCACAGUUACUGUCACCUGCAAAUCCUGUAGGGCAGAAUGAUUCCAAGCUGUCUGGAAUAUUUAUGGUUUCUCCUCCAUCUCCCUGCUCCCUGUACUGAGCAGUUAUUCCCUGAGUACUGACCAGUGUCCUCCC